AGUGACUCACCUGUCAGUUACAGUGUGUAGCAGUCAGACCAGUUACAGUAGCAGGUCGCUGUCACUGCACGUGGCGUCAUGAACCCUCUCUCACCUCCAUUCAGUUAUCUGAGCUCUGGGCGGACUGUUGAGCUGUUGUUCACUUCCCUCUCUUGUGUCAGUGCAGCAGCAACAAACACGCGACAACUAUCAGCAGCGAACUGUGCAAGUGAACUUUUGAGUAGGUUUUUUACAACAGUUUGUUUAGCUCCGUCCUCAUGGGGGACUCGGACACCAAAGGGGCCUUAGCUCCCAGGAGAAGGGUGACUUCCGCGGCGGGGAAAAGUGCGAGUAUGCUGCCGGUGAACGGGAAGUCCGCGGCGGCGUGUGAGAGCUCAGUGACCGCGGACUACGGCCACGGGAAACGGGACCGUUCACUGGAAACGGUGCGGGCCAAAUCCAAGAGUGAGAAACAGAAGCGCAGGAGUUACACAAGUGAUAGACUGAGUAGUUGCCAUAAGACACAGGAGUCCCUGCUGAGUUCAGGCAGUGGUUACAAUAACUACAGAGGGAUCCUGAACUGGUGUGUGGUCAUGCUGGUGUUGAGUAAUGCUCGCCUCUUCUUAGAAAACUUGUUACGGUAUGGUGUUUUGGUGGACCCUAUUCAGGUGAUUUCCUUGUUUCUGAAUGAUCCCUACAACUGGCCAGCAGCAUGCCUGGUAAUUGUGUCCAAUGUGUUCGUUCUGGUGGCUCUCUACACAGAGAGGCAGCUGUCGAAGGGUUCAUUCACUGAACUUGUGGGAUUUCUGGUCCACUGCAUGAACAUGGCAAUCAUGCUGACUCUCCCUGCUGCAGUGGUGCUAUUGGUCCCUUGCGUUACCCCAGUUGGCGGUGCAUUCGUUCUUGGUACUUACACCAUCCUCUUCCUAAAGCUCUACUCCUAUAAGGACGUCAACAUGUGGUGCAGAGAGCUGAGCACGAUUAAAGCCAAGACAUUGGCCAGGUCGCUAUCUUGUCCCUCAGCACAGCACCUCAAUGGAGGCGACCCUAAGGUGUGUUACCCUGGCAACCUCACCAUCAGAGACAUGUGCUACUUUGUCUUCGCUCCAACUCUGUGCUAUGAGCUCAACUUCCCUCGCUCUCCUCAUAUCCGCAUGAGUUUCCUGCUCAGGAGACUGUUUGAGAUGCUGUUCUUCAUCCAACUGUUAGUUGCUCUCACUCAACAGUGGAUGAUUCCCAUCAUUCAAAGUUCCAUGAAACCACUAGAGGACAUGGAUCUGUCCAGGAUGACUGAGAGACUUCUCAGACUAGCUGUUCCUAAUCACUUGCUGUGGCUGAUGUUUUUCUACGGGUUCUUCCACUCGUCUAUGAACUUCACCGCUGAGCUGCUGCGCUUUGGAGACAGACGGUUCUACAAUGAUUGGUGGAACUCUGAGACGGUGACAUAUUUCUGGCAGAACUGGAACAUCCCUGUACACAAGUGGUGUCUACGGCACUUUUACAAGCCACUGCUUAGAAGAGGAUUUAGUAAAAUACUCAGCCAAUCAGCUGUCUUCUUCUUGUCGGCUUUCUUCCACGAGUACUUGGUGAGCGUUCCUCUCAGGAUGUUCAGACUGUGGGCCUUCCUGGGCAUGAUGGCACAGCUUCCAUUGGCCUGGUUUGUGAGUCGCUUCUUGCACGGUACCUACGGCAACGCUGCGGUUUGGAUCUCAAUCAUCAUCGGUCAGCCAUUCGCCAUCCUGAUGUACGUCCACGACUAUUACGUCCUGCAUUACAGACAGGAGGCUGACUGACGUGCACACACACACACACUGUAUCGACAAUCUCUCUCAUUUUGACUCACAAACAAACACACAGAAGUACCACGCAGCUAUCGUACUUUGUAUAAUUGUAUCUCCUUGCAGUGUAAUGUUCUUCUUAACAGAAAAUGAAGUUGAAUCUUGAAAACUCCCUGUAAUGUCGGGAGUGAGGCCUCUCUUCUUCAGUGGUAUCGUCAUGCAGCUUUUCACUCAGGUGUUUUUUCUCUUCUGAUGGACAACUUGGGUACCGUGUAAUGUUUUGCUGCUCUGCUCGGCUGUGUUCAUGGCCAGUAUUAUGACUGUGGCUGCAUUUGAUCAAUCGAUUUAAGUGCUUUUGUAAAAGUGGAGAUUUAUGAUCCAAUGUGUUUCCUUAUCACCAGCCAAAGGGGCUUAAUCUAUCUGGUGUUCAAUGUAAAUGGAACACCACUAAGAAGAGUAUGAUUUUAUUAAUGUACAUUUUGUCUGUUUUUUCUUCUGUUUACCUAAGUGCCAUUUUAAUAAUACAGCACACAUCAGUUUUGGGGUGAUUUGUGUUGUUGUCAUGUCUACUGAUGCGUCUAACUACAAUUUGUGUGUCGUAAAAUAAACAUUCAGAGUUCAAUUCAA